GAGCUGUUUAUGUUCAUGUUAUCAACUAUAUCUUUUUUAUGCUUCAUAUCCCGUCAGAAGGUUUUGAAUAAGCGAAUGAUGCAAAGAGUUCAGAGACAGCUUGCUAAUAGUGUCUGAAAAGAAACCUGCAAAAUGUCUUGGGAGAAAUCAACAAUUUAUAUCAAGGCCUAUAAGGAAGAUUCUGAUUGUUAUUCUAUCUCAAUUGAAUCACUAUCGAUUAUUUAUGUCUUUGCAGUAUGUGAAUCCGAACAUUUGGAAUUGAAGUUGAAGUUGAUUUCAUCCCCAUUGGAUGUUUGUAUAAAAUUGGAUACUAUCAAUGUGAAAUAUAGUGUCAUUGAUGUUGAAAAUAUAUUACCUAAGUUAUCAACAUAUUGUACGUGGCCAAUCAUCACUGUUAAUAAUAAUGUAAUUGCAGGAGUGAGUUCUGUUGCCAGGAAAAUAAUCCAACAAAGUAAUAACACGAAAGUUGAGUACUUGUUGGGAUUCAGGGGCAAUUGUCUUAUGGCAUGCAGUGAGGUUUCUGUGUGGACAAUGUUUUGUGAAAUAGAUAUGCCCCAAAGUUUGAAGCAAUUGCUUAGAGAUAUAGCUACCAACGCCAAUAGCAUUAUAAUUCCCAACUGUUUAUCAAGAUUUGAAUACCAUUUAUCACAACCUGUCAAAAUUCAUAACAUAUAUAAAGUAGCUCGUAACGAAAAUAAUAAGAAGUUUUCAAUGGAUAUUCCUAAGGACGCGUUAAAUCUUGCACAUAAAUAUGCAGAGGGACCAGCCAUGACAAUAUCAGACAUCAUUUUAUUUCCUUACUUCCAUAUAUUUUUCAAGAUUUUAGAUAUUUAUAAUUUACAAAAAAAAUUUCCACUGACACACAAUUGGUACAAAAACCUGCUUUAUGAAUUUCGUCAUCAGCUUGAUCUCAUUUUACCCUCUGUUUCAAACCAAUUGGAUAUUAUAGUUGAUGGAAGUUUCACCAAACAAAGCCUUUAUAAAUCCGAUAUGUCUCAGUAUAAAAUGGAGAAAAAGAGCUUCACCAAACAAACAAAUAUAGAAAGAGCUCUUCAAAUUAUUUCCUCCUCUAAUAUAUCAGUUAUGAAUUCCAAUUCAUUAUAUGGUUCUGAUAUAGGGUUCUGUUGGAACAAUGUGCCUCUUGAAUUGAAUCCACGUGGAGGUUCCUUACCAGAAAUGAGGGCUGAUAGAAAAUGCGAACAACUUGAGAGCAUGGCAAAAUCGUGUAUCAAAAUUGUGGGAAAUUCCGUUUCCACUAUUGUAGAUUUCUGCAGUGGAAGUGGGCAUUUAGGAUUAUUGCUGGCAUAUUUAUUACCGAAAUGUCAUGUUAUACUCGUCGAGAAUAAGGAAAAAUCUCUACUGCGAGCUACAGAACGAAUUGAAAUUCUUGAUCUGAAGAAUGUCACAGUGGUACAAAGUAAUCUGGACUACUUCAGUGCAGAUUUUCAACUUGGAGUCUCCCUUCAUGCAUGUGGAACUGCGACUGAUUUAGUUAUGCAGAUGUGUGUGAAGAAGAAUGCUAAUUUUGUGUGCUGUCCAUGUUGUUAUGGUGGCAUUCAAACAUGUCAUCUGUUGGAUUUUCCAAGAAGUAGAAGUUUUCUGAGUUUGAAACAACUUACUUACAAAGACUAUCUCAGCUUAGCACAUGGUGCAGAUCAAACUCAUGAUGAUGAAAAUGCUAAAACAAAACAGGGAUAUUUGUGCAUGGAUAUCAUUGACACUGACAGAAAAUUGUAUGCUGAAGCAUUUGAUUAUAUUAUUUUUUUAGGAAAAUUGCAGCCAGUUACAUGUACAAACAAAAAUAAUAUGCUUGUUGGUAUUAAAACAAUUCAGGAAUAGACUUUUGUUUCAUUGUU